AUGGAUUACAGCGCCUCUGUUCACGAUGCCGAUCACCCCACAGGCGCUUCGCCCUGGGGCAACUCACCUGCGCCCUCGCCUCAAGCCCAUCGAACAACUUUUGGCGCAGUAGCCGGCGAACCGCCGGCAUCGCCACACCGGUUCGGUUCAGACAUCCCAAGCAACGGUUUUGGAGCAGAUCACGAAGAAGAGGAAGGGUUUGGGCCUUCAGACCAUGGCUUCGGUCGACCAAGCACCGGCAGCACCGUUUCUGAGAGUGACACACAAACGUAUACAGCAGAGACAGCAUCCGGGGCCGCUUCGCCAGGGCAGCAUCACGGAAAUGUCUCCCCCUUGCAGCCGCAUGAUCCCAACCGGCUGUCCGGGGACACUGCGCGUGCUAGUCAAGAGCAGUCUCAGGCGCGAAAGCCUACGCAGCCCGUAUACAAGCUCCAAGCCAAGAUCACUGGCCUCGAACGCGCAGCGCGAAAGGACCCUAUCUUAAGAUUCGAUGUCCAUACCAACCUUCCAAAGUUCCGAACCACCCAAUUCCGAGAUGUCAGGCGCCUGCACUCAGAGUUCGUGAAGCUUGCUGAGUACCUUAUAUCUGCGAAUCCCGAAGCGAUCGUCCCGGCUGUCCCUCCACCUCUGACAUCGGCCGGUGCUGGAACCGACGAGGACGAGAUUAGGGUUAAAGCGCUCAUGCAGCGGUGGUUCAACUACGUUUGCAGUAACGAGGUUCUCGCCAGAGACGACGAGAUGGUUCUUUUCGUGGAAAGCGACUUUGGCUAUAGCCCGAUGGUGAAGAAAAAGCAGCCCGCCACCGGAGUGCGGCGCAAAUUGCUGAAGCAAUUCGCACCCCCUCCGGAUGACACCCCCGAUCUGUCCGAGGCUCGACCAAUUGUGAAGCUUUUCUACCUAGGAUCCAUGGAUGCGGGCCACAAGGUCGACAAGCUGGUCAAAUCCCGUCGAGGGCUCGGUCUUGGGCAAUCCGAGUUUGGUGUCAGACUUGGAAGUAUGCACGUACAGGAGCCACACCAGGGCCUGGCCAACGCGUACCGCAAACUUGGGAAGAUCGUCCAGACUGUCGGUGACUCGCAGCAAGCACAGGCUACCGCGGAGGCCUUCACCAUUGGGGAUCCCCUCCAGUAUCACUCCUCGGAUGCUUUCAUCGUCAAGGAAACCCUCACGAACCGCCAACUUCUCCUCCGCGAGUUCCUACAGGCGCAAGAGAACACUCGGAGCAAACUGAAUGCCGCGGAUCGUCUGAAGGCCAGCUCGAAUGUCCGCCGAGAAAAGGUAGACGAAGCAAUCUCGCUGCUAGAGGACGCGAAACAGAACGAGGCCUACCUGUAUCAAAAGACUAGGCGAGUGACACAAAACUUGGUUCAAGAACGCCAUAAGUGGUUCACAAGGACGGCUGCCGAUCUGCGUGCAAGCAUUCGCGAGUUUGUGUGCAAGGAAAUUGAGGCCGAACGCAGGACUCUGGCCAUGCUCGAGAACGUACGACCCGACGUCCGUGCCAUUGACGCGUCUGGUGGCCUGAGUCGGCUGGGCCGUGAGGCGCACCCGACAGUGCGUCGAACCAGCAUGGCUUCAAGCCAGGGUCCCAAGGGGGACGCAUGGAGCGGAGUACCGCGACGAUCUGUUGAUCCAAUGGGAAGGAGCGUUUCCACCAGCUACAUGACCAACGUCGCUGAGGAUGGGGACGGCGAGGAGGAGAGUGCGAAGGCUCCGGCCGGUGGCUUGUCCGAACAGAAUGAAGAGGAUGACGAAGACCGAGUGGAUGCCCGCAAUGCGGCGAGUCGGCUGGCUACCAGCACUUUCUAA